CUUUAAUGGGAGAAAUUUUCCCGUAAUCUCAAUUUUAGUCAAUUCAUGCCCCCUCACAGUUCUUUUACCGUUUGAUUCAUCAAUAAAGGGUUACACUAUCUGCACUCUUGAGUAAUACGUGCCCCCGGUACCGCUAUAAAAUAGAGCUUGCAGAAUAGUAAAAGAACUGGGCAACGGACGCCGAUGAUAGAUGACAGCCUGUCAUCGAACCUCUUUCACACGGAUCAUCAGAAGAACGUGUCGACAUCAUACGAAUAAACUGACUCCAUGUUCCAUACAGACUUAUGUCCCGAGUUAAGAAGUUAACAUACAAAGCAAUGGAGAUCUACAAUAAAACUGUUAGUGCCUUUAAUAACAAACUUCAGCCUCUGUGUGAUCAAAUGAUUCAAUUCACCAAGUAUAAUAUUUCAAGUUACAAUCGCAGUGAGCUACACACUCUCAGAGGGAAUAUAGAACAAACAUUUAGUCAACUCAAAACCAUUGAUAAAGAAUUUCAAGACUACUUGAGAAGAACUAACACUGAACAAAGCAAUCUCGAGUUAUCAAACUUGGAAAAAAACUGUCUAUGAAGUGUAUAAUCAAGUUGAUCGUUUCUUGUGCCAGAUAAACACUAAGUUGGACACUAUGAGUGAAACUUCAUCUAUCAAAAGUGGUUCGUCGAGCAGAUCAAGUGUCGUUUCACGUAAACUGGCAAAGGCUGAGGCCGCAAAGGCAAAGGUCGUCUAUGCUCAACGCCAAGCUGAGCUCAUGAAACAAGAAGCUCUUAUUAAAGCAGAACUUUUUGUGCUAAAAGAAGAAAAAGAGGUAGCGGCCGCCGUCGCUGAAGCGGAAGUGUUAGAGAGAGAAGCUUCAGGAACGCACUCAGUAACAUUACAACAGCUCCCGUUUAAGGCGACUGAUAAAACUGAUCGUGUUUUACAGUUUGUCGAACAAAGUUCACGGAUGCAGCCAGAUAAUGAGCUUCCGCGACGUACGGAACCACAGUUUGAACCGCCAUUGUUUCAGCCUGGUCAGCCCACUUCGUCGUUUUAUCAACCUUUACCACCAUUUAACACUCAACCAUCUGUCCAUACAGAUAAAUGCGACCAUGGUCAAUUGCGCAAAUUCUUGUUGAAAAAAGACCUUUUGUUAAGCCGCUUAUACAAAUAUGACGAUCGACCAGAAACAUUUCCAAUAUGGAAACAGAGCUUUCAGACAGUUCUUACAGAACUGGAUGUAACACCGGUGGAAGAGUUAGAUCUGUUGUUAAAAUGGCUCGGAACGGAAUCCAGACAGUACGCAGUCACCAUUCGCGCGGCUAACAUUCACGACCUCCCUCAAGGGGUAAAGAGAAUAUGGGAAAUGUUAGAAGAGCGUUAUGGCACUCCGGAGCAGAUUGAAAGCGCUGUGUCUAAGAAAUUAUUACAAUUCCCAAAUCUGACGAACAAAGAUAACAAGAAACUGUAUGAACUUGCCGAUAUAGCAGCAGAAAUUGAGUCCCUGAAAGAGAAUCCUAGAUACUCGGCUUUACUGGCAGUAUACGAUUCAUCGUCGGGAGUGAAUAAGAUCGUUAUGAAGUUGCCACAUAGUUUGAGAGAGAAGUGGGUUACUCGCGCCGCGAAGUAUAAAGCCCAACACGAAGCCGUGUUCCCUCCAUUCAAAGAGCUUGUGAAGUUCCUCAAUGAAAUAGCCCGUAUCAAGAAUGACCCUGGUUUAAUGUUCGAUCAUAUUGAAGCAACGCAUAAAACGUUGCAACAGAAAGUAUUUUCGAGAAAAAUAGAGGUCAACGAUCGUGUGCAGUCAACGCAUGGACCGAUUGAAGAACGCCCUCAAGAAAAGUGUCCAAUACACAAGACUAGACAUAGUUUGAGAGUAUGUAAUGCUUUCAAAGCAAUGAACCAAGAGAAUAAGAAACAGUUAUUAAAAGAGAACAAGUUAUGUUUCAGAUGCCUGUCUCCUUCCCAUAUGUACAAAAACUGUAACACAAACGUGAAAUGUGAAGAAUGUGGAAGCGAUAGGCACUGUACGGUGAUGCACUUCACUUACAAGCCUAGAGAAAGUCAUGGCGGGGAGGAAACUAAGAAACAUGUAGUUGCAAGCAAGUGCACUAGUGUCUGCGGGAAUGCAGAAUUCAAGGGGAAGUCAUGCGCGAAAUUGGUUCUCGUUAACGUUUAUAAAAAGAAUCGGCCUCAAAAUCAAAUUAAAGUUUAUGCCAUGAUCGAUGACCAGAGCAACAGGUCUCUAGCAGGACCAGAGCUGUUCGAUUUGCUAGACCUAAAUGCAACGAUGACUGAAUAUACCCUUGGAUCUUGUUCCGGCCAAACAGUCGUUAAUGCACGAAUAGCAGUGGGAUGUGUGGUAGCAAGCCUUGACAAUCUCACGAUGUUCGAGUUUCCCAGCUUAUUAGAAUGUCAAAACAUACCAAACGUGAGGAGCGAAAUCCCAACCCCCGAAGUGGCUAUGUCCCAUUCUCAUCUCCGAGACGUUACAAUUUCGCCUCUGGACAACAACGCGAAAAUUAGUAUAUUGAUUGGUAGGGAUCUGUUAGAAGCCCACCAUGUACUUGACCAGAAGAUUGGCCCACGCGGUGCCCCAUAUGCGCAGAAGUUACCUCUCGGAUGGGUUAUUGUUGGCGAAGCAUGUUUAGGCAACAUCCAUAGAAGUGAUUAUGUGAAUGUGAAGAAAACAUAUCUGUUUAGUGAUGGCAGAGAAUCUGUUCUUACGCCAUGCCAUAAUGGUUUACACGUUUACCAAUGUCCAGGCAAGUGUUCGCAGGCAGUACGCGAAGAUGCCAUUUUUAAGAGAACUCGGGAUGAUAACAAGCCAGGCCUUUCGAAUGAUGAUAGGGAGUUUAUGGCCAUAAUGGGAACAGAAUUCAAGAAGGGAACCUCUGGUAAAUGGUUUGCGCCUUUACCAUUCAGAAAAGACAGACCAAGGCUUUCAAACAACCGCAUUGCUGCAGAACGGCGGGCGAAGACGUUGGACUACAACUUGAGAAAAGACGAGAACAAAAGAAAAAUGUUCACCAAUUUCAUGGAAAAGGUCUUUGAAAACGGCCACGCUGAACUGGCUCCAACUUUACUGCCUGGCCAAGAGUGUUGGUACUUACCUGUUUUUGGCGUAACGCAUCCACAGAAGCCAGACCAAAUAAGGUGCGUUUUCGACUCAUCGGCAAAACAUUGCGGAAUUUCGCUCAACGAUGUGCUGCUCACUGGUCCAGAUUUCACUAACAGUCUUCUUGGUGUGCUUCUACGGUUUCGCAAAGAACCAGUUGCGAUUACCGCCGAUAUUCAACAAAUGUUUUACUGUUUCAACGUCAGAGAGGACCACAGGGAUUAUCUACGAUUUCUCUGGUACGAAGACAACGAUCCUAAGAAGGCUCUAACUGAAUACAGGAUGUGCGUACAAGUGUUCGGGAACAGCCCGUCCCCGGCUAUCGCCACGUAUGGGCUGAGAAAAUCGGUGGAGUACAGUGACAGCGACGUUGUGUCAUUCGUUACCAACAACUUCUAUGUGGAUGAUGCCCUGACCUCGUUACAAAACCCAGCCGACGCUGUGAGUUUGCUUAAACGUACACAAAACGACCUACAGGCACAUGGGCUAUAUCUGCACAAAAUAGCUUCAAAUUGUGAUGAGGUUAUGCUCGCUUUUCCGUCAGAUGAUUUAGCAAAGGGUCUCCUAGGAAUCGACAUAAAGAACGAAACUUUGCCUGUGCAAAGAAGUCUUGGUUUGCAGUGGGACCUGAACGAUGAUACAUUCAUAUUUACAGUCUCGCCAGAAGAAACACGUUUCACCAGAAGGGGUGUAUUGUCUUUGAUCAAUAGUAUCUUUGAUCCUGUUGGAUUUCUAGCACCGGUGACUAUCCAAGGGAGAUUAAUCAUGAAAGACCUGACCUCCAGUACACGAGGGUGGGAUGAACCAUUACCUGAUACAAUGUCGACGACAUGGAAAUCUUGGGUGAACACUCUACCUGAUCUGAAGGCAGUUCGUAUAUGUCGUACAUACUCUGAGAAAGGCUUUACACAACAUCCGAGUAGUGUCCACAUCUUCUCAGAUGCUUCAGAACAAGCAAUUGCUGCGGUGGCUUAUUUACUCACUUUUGAAUCCGACACCCCACAAAUUGGGUUCCUAUUGGGCAAGUCUAAGGUUGCACCCAUUGCCGGACACACCAUCCCCAGGUUGGAACUAUGCGCUGCAGUCAUGGCCGUAGAAAUAGCACAAACUGUAGCAGAACACUUGGGAAUUUCUAUUGAGACAUUUACAUUUCACACAGACAGUAGGGUUGUCCUAGGGUACAUCAACAACAACACGCGCAGAUUUCAUACUUAUGUCAGCAAUCGUGUAGAGCAAAUACGGCGUUCAACCAAACCAGCACAGUGGCGAUACGUUUGUACCAAACUGAACCCAUCUGACUGCGCUACCCGUGGUCUUGCAGCAUCAGACCUUAUGAAUAGUGCGUGGCUCCAAGGACCCACACAUUUGACCAGUGAGAACAGUGUUGACAGCGAAACGUAUCAUCUUGUCGAACCAGAACACGACAAAGAGUUGAGAGUCGAUGUCAAUGCCUCUAAGUCAGCAAUUAAAAGCCGUCUUGGUUCUGAACGCUUUUCGCGUUUCUCUGAGUGGAGGCGCCUAGUGCAAGCUAUCGCAUACCUUCAACACUUUGUGGAAAAGGACCAAGCAAAAUCUCAACGGAAAGAGGUACCAUCGUACCAAAAGGCCGAAAAGUUCAUCAUCAAAGUAGUCCAAGCCGAGAGCUAUUUGAAGGAACUAGACUGCCUCAAGUUAGGAAAGCCAGUUUCCAAGCAAGUCACAUACUGCAACUAGACCCGUAUCUAG